CGCCUGCCCACAGGCCGCUAGGGUUUUCGAGGCACAAAACACUUUUCAUAUUUACCUGGCCGGCCUCUUCGACGAACUUUCCCUCCCGAUUUUCUCGACCAGCAAAUCCAUUAGCCAACCGUCAAAAUGGGCAGAGGACCGAAGAAGCACCAGAAGCGCCUUAGCGCCCCCUCGCACUGGCUUCUCGACAAGCUGUCGGGUGUCUAUGCCCCCCGCCCUUCGGCUGGUCCUCACAAGCUCCGCGAGUGCAUGCCCCUCAUCGUCUUCGUGCGCAACCGCCUCAAGUAUGCGCUCAACUACCGUGAGACCAAGGCCAUCAUGAUGCAGCGCCUCAUCAAGGUCGAUGGCAAGGUCCGCACCGACAUCACCUACCCCGCCGGCUUCAUGGACGUCAUCACCAUCGAGAAGACUGGCGAGAACUUCCGUCUCAUCUACGACACCAAGGGCCGUUUCACCGUCCACCGCAUCCAGGAUGAGGAGGCCAAGUACAAGCUCGGCAAGGUCAAGCGCGUCCAGCUUGGCAAGGGCGGUAUCCCAUUCUUGGUUACGCAUGAUGCCAGAACCAUCCGCUACCCCGACCCCUUGAUCAAGGUCAACGACACUGUCAAGAUCAACAUUGAGACUGGCAAGAUCGAUGACUUCGUCAAGUUCGACACUGGUGCCAUCGCCAUGGUCACCGGCGGUCGUAACAUGGGCCGUGUUGGUGUCAUCACCCACCGUGAGCGUCACGAUGGUGGUUUUAACAUCAUCCACGUCAAGGAUGCCCUUGACAACACCUUCGCUACCCGCGAGUCCAACGUUUUCGUCAUCGGCUCCGAGAAGCCCUGGAUCUCCCUCCCCAAGGGCAAGGGUGUCAAGCUCUCCAUCGCUGAGGAGCGUGACCGCCGCCGCGCCAACGCUCUUGCCCACUAAAUGUGUGCAAGUGUGUUUUCUGGUGCUUCAUGACUAAGGAUUUCGGGCAUAACGGGGGCUUUUGGCUUGUUGAUACCUAACGAUUACUGAAAAAGCAUGCUGGGAUGGAGUUAAUACGGGAAUGUAAAUUUCAAGAUACCCGUCGCGUAAGAGCGACGACCCUUAGCUCCGUACCUAGGUAUUUCUAGUUUUAGAUGGAUGCCCAAACAUGGCUCCUGAUAACUGGAUCACAACAACCGGGCCCUCGUGCCCUUGCCUUAUUCAAACUCUGUCUGAUCCAUAUCAUCUCGCUAUUGUGAAUGCGAUGUGCUUACGUGUUGAAUUUUUUGGCGAGAUCUCUC